AUGUCGCAGAAACCGUCAUCUCGUACCUCUAUCGACAAAGAGCCUUCUCAGGAGACCCAUGUCGAAGCUGCCCUCGAGUCGACGAGGAAUGCACUCGGAGAGGAGACAGCACACGUCACAGAUCAUGCCGCGGAGAUGAGGCUCACCUGGAAGCUCGACACGAGACUACUACCUGUUCUCGCUUUCAUGUACCUGUGCAACGCCCUUGAUAAAGGAAAUCUGGGAAACGCAAAGACGGAUCACAUGGAUACUGACCUAGGCAAGAUUUCAUGGCAACCAAUACAAUAUUAUACUUACGUCUUGUUUGCGUUUCCCAUUGGUCUUUUGGGGAAAAGAUAUGGGCCAGCCAACGUUUUGCCUAUCAUGAUGUUCAGCUUUGGAUCUAUGACGCUUCUAGGGGCUGCCGUUAGAAAUUUCGGCGGUAUGAUGACCGUGCGGUGGUUCCUAGGCAUGGCAGAAUCAGCAUUCUUCCCGCUAGUCAUCUACUAUCUGACAUGUUUUUAUCGACGAGGCGAGCUUGCGAGAAGACUUGCCAUAUUUUACGCUGCAAGCAAUAUUGCCAAUGCUUUCUCUGGUUUAUUGGCCUUCGGAGUGUUCCAGAUCAAGGGCGGAACGCUCAGAAAUUGGCGAUACCUGUUCCUCAUCGAAGGUUCCAUGACGGUACUGUUCUCUAUCUUUGCAUUCAUCUAUCUUCCUCGAAGCACGGAGAAGGCACGCUUUUUCAACGAGGCAGAAAAGGCUCUUGCGUUUAAACGGAUUCAAACGGACUCUUCUGCCAUCGUUAAUGAGAAACUUGUCGUCCGGGAGGCCAUCAAAGUCUUUCGUAUGCCACAAGCCUGGGUUUGGCUGGGCAUCGAAAUCUGUUUGGGAGUACCCUUGCAAUCCGUGUCGCUCUUUCUUCCUCAAAUCGUGCAGAGACUAGGCUAUGAUACUGUCAAGACUAACCUGUUAACGGUCGCUCCGAACAUUAGCGGUGCCGUGAUGCUCCUGAUUCUGGCAUUCGCGUCCGACUUUACCCGUCUGCGGUUCCCAUUCAUCACGCUUGGGUUCUCACUUCCUGUCAUUGGCUUUAUUAUUUAUGCAGCCAUUGACGUUCUGGAACACAAGCGGGUCGCCUAUUUCGCCUGCUUUAUGAUGACAUGGGGCACCUCUGCACCAUCUGUGCUCCUUAGCUCGUGGUACAACAACAAUGUCGCUGCGGAGUCUAGACGGAUAGCCCUCACUAGUAUAGGGGUUCCCGUUGCUAAUCUCAUGGGCAUUCUGUCUUCAAAUAUCUUCUUCCCAUCGAGUGCGCCUGCAUACCUUCCUGCUUUGAUUACGACUGCUAGCUUCGGGGCGGUGGGUAUGGUUCUCGCAUUCACACUUGGAACGUGGAUGAGGAUUGACAAUGCGCGUCGGGACAAGCGGCAGGGUGUUCGCCUCCAAGCGCAAGACGUCUCUACGGCUAUCCUGCAUGAAGGUCCGGCGAACCCAAGCUUUCGUUGGUUCCUGUGA